AUGGCCUUUCGUUGGGCCACAUGGUUGCUGCUCGUGGCAGCUUGGAGCAUGGGCUGUGGUGAGGCCUUCAGGUGCUACGCCUGUGCCUGGCCCACACCCAUUUAUUCAUGCAAGAACAUUACCCAGUGCAAGCCGGAAGACACGGCCUGCAAGACCACAUUGGAGACGGUGGAGUCGGAGUACCCCUUCAUCCAGAGCCCCAUGGUGACACGCUCCUGCUCCAGCUCCUGCCUGGCCACAGACCCUGACAGCAUUGGGGCUAUCCGCCCUGUCUUCUGCUGCUUCCGUGACCUCUGCAAUUCUGAGCUGUGCAGAUGUCGCUGCCCAGUGGAGCAGCAGGGCUACUGCAUCCGGACUCUUCUGAAGACCGCCCUAGUCAGCGGCAUCCCUGCAGUGGGAGGCCGCACUGCGCCAGCACCGCCAGCAGGGGGCGUGCGUCCCCGGCGACGCAGGGCGGGCACGUGGGGACCCCAUGGGCUAAGGUCCCGGCCCUCAGCGGACCUCGGAAAGCCCUUAGCCUACGGCGAUGGCACCCCCGGCCCUAGGGACAGCUACGGAGGCUGGGACCGCAAGCGGUACCUCCAUAUCGUCCCAAGCAAUCUCUAG